AUGUCAUUUGGAUUGACUUAUGCCCCGACAACUUUCAUCGAUCUGAUGAAUAAGGUGUUUGAGGAUUACUUGGAUAGGUUUAUGAAAGUCUUCAUCAAUGACAUUCUGCUUUAUUCUCAGUUGAAGUUAGAGCAUGAGUUGCAUCUCUGGUUGGUAUUACAAAGAUUGAGGGAGCACAAAUUGUAUGCUAAGUUUCGAAAGUGUGAGUUCUGGUUGUCUCAGGUGACGUUCUUCGGUCACAUAGUCAGCAGAGAAGGAAUUAUGGUGGAUCUAGCCAAGAUUGGGUGUGAUAUUGAACCCAAGGCACCUAAACGAUUGUUGAAGCUGCACGCCGCCGCUAAUCUGCCGUCGGUCUCCUCUGCUCUUGUUCUAGAGAGGCAAAAUCUGGUCAAAGGGAAUAUGCAACUAUUUUCAGUGGAACAACAUAGAAGUCAAGCUCUGGAAGCUCAUGCUGCUGCUUUUGCACAAUUUAAUGUGCGGAAUGAGAAUCCUUCUACUCUCAUUUCCUUUGCAACAAAGACUUUUAAUGCUGGCCAAAUUACAUCAAACCGGCAUCGAUUCCAAGAACUGUUUGCGAAAACGAAGUAUAAAGAAGUUGCUGAACUUGCUGUUGAGCUCCACAAGGAAUUCUUCGUACUCCUGAUACAGUUGCCAAAUUUCCGAUUUUUCCACUUUGCUUUUGUUGUCAUGUUGGUGUCAAGUUGUGUAGACUGUAGAAUAGACAAACUCUCUGUCAAUGAUACAGAAUGUGGCAUUCCAUAUUGUGGCAGUUUGUUACUAUGGGAUGCCUGUCAAAAUGGUUAUUUUCCCUUGUUUAGAGGGAUGGGGAUCGGAGACCAAUUUCAAAUGGUUGUUUCUAUAAUUUUUAAACAAUGGGAAAUUUAUGAACCUAAUUGA